AGUGUACGAUUCUUUGCCAGCUGGAUAAGAGAAGCUAGCCAGAGCAGGAUCUUUCGGAGGUGCAAAGUGUAAAUUCGUGUUUUGUUUUUGCUGUGUCCAAACAAAUGUAUAAAGAAAGUGAACAGUAAUAUUGAAAUUAUUCGUAACGUGAUAUCAGAAGCAAAAGAAGAAAGCAGCACGAGUCGACACAUAAAAAAAGAUUUGUGGUUAAAUAGUUUUUAAAUACGUUCCAAAUCAUAGCAAUGCUAAAAUUACCAAAAUGUGCAAGUGUGCUAAAGCAUUGCUGCUAUAUUCUUCUCGUAUCCGUCAUUAUGCGAGUUGAGGCCGAGGCUCCAAUCAACUCGUACUUACCGCCCGCUCAUGGUCAUGGUCACGCUGGAGAAGGUGGGCAUCACGAUGAUCACCAUACAGACUUAGUACCACCAUCCAGCAGCUACGGAACACCCGAUUCGAGUUACGGUCCCCCGCAUCAUCAGUCCGGGUUUCAUCCGGAUCAUCACGAGUACGACGAACAUCACGAUCACCAUGAUAACCACGAUGAUAGCGGAUCCUUUGAAGAUGAACCUGCUAAAUAUGAGUUUAGCUACGAGGUCGAUGACGAAGAUGCUGAUCUGUCUUUCGGACAUGAGGAAAUGCGUGAUGGAGAUUACACCACUGGGAAAUAUAACGUGUUGCUUCCUGAUGGGCGUCGACAGAUUGUAGAGUACGAGGCGGAUCAUAAGGGAUAUAGACCGAAAAUUACGUACGAAGGAGGAGACGAACAUCCUCACCAUCAUGAUCAUCCUCACGAACACGGACACGAGCAUGGGCAUGGUGGAUAUUCGAAGGAAACUCCGCACACUCAGCUCGGCUAUCCCAGGGAAUCGCACCAUGAUUUUGAGCAUAAUGGUAUUGCGCACGGUUCGAAUGAGUACGAUUCGCAUGGACACGAUAGCGGACAUAGCCGAGCGGAUCACGGAAUUCACGACGGGCAUCGCGGCUACGAUAGCAAUGCACACGAGAACCAUGGCAACGGGCACGGCCAUGGACACGGGCACGGACAUAAUGGGCACAACGGCCACAACGGUCAUCACCAUAACGGCCACAAUGGUCAUCAUCGCAGAAGAAGCAGCAAUCCAUACAACCAUCAACACCCCACGAACCAUCACGCCAAUGACAAUCAUCGCCACAAUGGAUACCACUAACGCUAUGACUCUACCGGAAAGGAAAUUCGAUUGAUCGAAAAUGACUAAUACGCAUUAAUGAACUGGAAAAAUAGUAAUGGCGUGCUGGAAUCUGAACAUUUUAUAAAGCUUCGUAAAAUAUGUAUUCAGAUUCAGAUUCUUGUACGUCAGCUCACUUGCCACAAUUUUAUCCCCCGAUGGGGGAAAGCAAGAUCCUGCGGUACGCGAAUCAUUUCCAUUGCUUUAGUUUGUAACCAACAGCAAUCUUAUACGGCAACCAGCUAAUUUAUAAGCUUACGAAUACGCAAUACAUGCAUCCUCACAAGACGAAGGACUCCAAAGCAUAA